AUGCAAGGAUAUAUAGAAGCAAUAAGAAACGCAUAAUAAAGCCAUUUAGAAUCUAUAGUUAAUCAUGCAAUAUAAGAUACGGAUGUAUAUUAAUUUACUGAAUUAUUCUUAAAAAUGAUUGACUAUGUUAUAAGUAGAGAUGUAAAAAUUUAAGAUAUUCCUAAUAUUAAAUAUAAAUUAUAUAAGAUGUGA